AUGCAGCUGACUGAUGAAUCUGGUAGCAGCUCGCAGGUCGGGAGCCACGUCGCACUGUGUGGCCAAGAGGGGUCGAGCGACGCGUGGCAGCUACCGCCCCCCCACUGGUGCCUUAUCACGUACAGGCAUCGAACGCAAGUUCCAACCUGCACUGACACGCGGUCUGCCCUAGAUCGUAAUAACGCUCUGAGCUUGUCCACACCGAGUGGGUCACUGUUGCAUGAAAUGGUGCGCGGCCGCUUGCUUUUUCGCACGGCCAAGCAAGCGGCCGCGUCAGACCAAAAAUCGUUUUACAAGAAUUCAGUGACGCUUCGGCCAACAUGGAUCUCCAGUGUCAACUACAUAACCAAGCGUCGCCUUGCAUGUAAAUCACCGCGUCUCGGAUCAUUUGUUGGAAGGGGGUUCACCGCCCUCAACUCUGCCGACUCGACGUGGUGCAUCGUCAAAUACCCUUCGGAAACCCCGCCUAUGUCAACACCUGCCGGCAGAUGGGGCACUGGAGGUCGGCUUCGCAUGCCACUGGUCAACGGAUGUAUUCAGCUCUAG